AUGGGUCCAUUCUCGCCCGAAGUGAUCACCGACCAACGCGCUCUCGACCGCUACCUAGCGCGCUCCCCUUCUGCUGCCACCGGUGAGGAGCACACGACCGAAGGCGGAUACCUGACGAGCCCACUGGGCGGCGUUGGACCCGGCGCUGAGGUUCGCGCCUAUCGCGUGUCGCCCCGCAGUUCUCCGGCCAAGGGACGUACCGGCGACGAGUUUGGCUACUUCAACACUCAGGCCGCGCAGGAGUUGGUGGAGCGACUGGGAGUCGAAGGGUCGAUGGAGGAGUGGACGGAGAGGACGCGCCAGUGGCUGGUGGAGCAGAUUGUGUGGCCCCUCGUGCGCGACAUCCAGGAGGUGACCAAGGCCGGGCUGCCCCUCACCAAGCCCCUCACGCAAGCGGUGUCCACGCAAGCCGCCGCCGCGAGCUCCGCGCCCACGAGCAUGUGGUACUCGUUCCAGAGUGCUCCCCAGCCCACCACCACGAGCUUCUCCCAGAAUCCGGUGGUGCAAAAGAGGCAGAUGCUGGAGAAGUACAUGGACGUGCACGGUUCCCCGUCCCGCGAAUACAUCGUGCAGAGGGUGAAAGAGCUCGCCGAGGGAGGGUGUAUGGCUGCCUUCCGGUGGAAUGGCGGAGGCAGCUGGCAGGGCAAGCCCUGGACCACGGAACUCCCCACCGACUCGCAGAUCUUGAUCCACCUGUUCUGCGCUCACAUGGACGGUCUGUUGCCGGCUGAUCCGCGCGCGGAUAAGAACAAGCCCUUCUCCUCCCUCUACUACGUCCUCGCCCCCAAGUCCCCCGACGCCGUGCCCACGGCAGCCAAGAUCUACCAGUCGCACGUGCACCCGCCUCACUUCAAGGUGCUGGAGCACCAGGAGGUGUGGGACACCUUCCAGGGGCGCAACAACCUCUUCCACGCCAUCUUCCUGUGGGUCUUUGCCGUGCAGACCAGGCUCGACGGCUUCAUCGGCCAGGUACACCUGAGCGAGACCGGCCUCGACCGAGUCAUCCGAACGAACGCGUGA